CCAGUGCCGCGCUCCGGAGUCGGGAUGAGCGCCAGCAUCAGACAGCAUCGUCGUAUCAGGCAGUAACCCGAUGAGCAGGUCGCAUGUCGGGCUGCAGAACUGCGAAACGCCUUACCAUUUUGGAUUGAAGUCUCCUUCGGAUAGCUGCAUUUUACGAAAGGCACUAUGAGUGGGGUGGUUGGGAACCUAAGUCCUAAACAGGCCAGCGCCCUGGAACAGUUUCGAGAGCAGGUCAGUGACCUUCUUCCUCAACUGCCUGCACAGAGUGAUCACUUCCUGUUGCGAUGGCUAAGAGCCCGAAACUUUAAUCUUCAGAAGUCUGAAGCAAUGCUACGAAAGCAUAUGGACUUCCGAAAACAAUUGUAUGUUGAUAAAAUCAUAACUGAAUGGAGGCCUCCAGAGGUGUUGGAGAAGUAUCUCUCUGGAGCGAUGUGCGGUUACGACCGGGAGGGCAGCCCUGUCUGGUACGACAUCAUUGGCCCGAUGGAUCCAAAAGGUCUCUUCCUGUCUGCGGCCAAGCAAGACUUCAUCAAGUCCAAGAUCAGAGAUUGCGAGAUUCUGCAGAAGGAAUGUGACCUGCAAUCCCAGAGGCUGGGAAAGAACAUUGAAUCGAUCACCAUGGUCUUCGAUGUUGAAGGCUUGGGGCUGAAACACAUAUGGAAACCUGCCAUUGAUACAUUUUCAGAGAUCCUCCAGAUGUUUGAAGAAAACUACCCCGAGCGGCUGAAAAGGCUGUUUGUCAUCAAAGCCCCAAAGCUCUUCCCCGCAGCCUACAACCUCGUCAAGCACUUCCUAUGUGAGAACACGCAACAGAAGAUCUUCAUUCUUGGGGCCAACUGGCAGGAGGUGUUACAGCAGUACAUAGCCCCCGAGGACCUGCCCGCCAUCUAUGGGGGCCAGCUGACGGACCCCGACGGAGACCCGCGCUGUCGGACCCUGCUCCACUUUGUAGCCACAGUGCCCAAGUCCUACUAUGUUCGGGACCAAGUUCAGCUGAACUAUGAGCAGACAGAGAUGGUGAACCGCGGGUCGUCCCUGCAGAUGGAGUAUGAGAUACUGGCUCCUGGUUGUAUUCUCAGGUGGCAGUUUGCCAGUGAGGGGGCAGACAUUGGCUUUGGGGUGUUCCUCAAGUCCAAUAAAGGACAAUGGCAGAAGGCAUCACAGAUGACAGAGGUUGUUCAUAGCCAGCGCUACAACUCCCAUUUAGUGCCUGAGGAAGCCUCACUCACCUGUCAGCAGCCGGGAGUUUAUGUACUCCGCUUUGACAACACUUACAGCCUCCUUAAGUCCAAACAAAUUCAGUUUACCGUUGAUGUCCUGCUCCCUGGCCAAUUGCAGUCCCCGAAGGCUGGUGGCAGUAUCCAAUCAGAAUCGGUGAAUGGGCUUGGCCGAGAAGAACCCAGAAAUCAGAUUGUUGUGGACCAGACUGCAUCCGCACAAAUGGCUUGAACCCCCUGAUACUUGAAUAUGAUAGGUCUUUUGUUGGCCCUUUCCAGAGACCCAAUCCACACACACUCCAAAUCCUAAAGACGUUGAUCUGAUAAAUAUAUAAUUCCAGUUGAUUAUAUGUGACCGAUUUGAUUGUUUGAGGAAAUGGAAUGUAUAGUUGAUAUACUCAGUCAGCAUUCAGUCAACUCAUAUAUGUUCCACCAACUCAUUUUGUCUUGAUAAUUUAUGUUCGAUAUUGACAUAGAUAAUAUUUUCAGAAUAUACAGUAUUAUUUUUGUUGAAACAUAAUUUAAAGGCAAUAUUGUAAACUUUGUUAUAAACUUUAAAUAGGGUGCAGUUUAGGCUGUUAUUUAUUUUUAUUAAUGGCACUGUUAUGUGUUUCUCUGAAAAUGUUUGAAUAUAGGUUUUAAUCUUGUUCAUCGAAUGAGAAUACUUGUACAGGGUACAGCACUGUAAAGUGCUGUACUGUUAAGUGAAACAGGCAUACCAAUCCAUGUAUAUGGAGGUAAUUAAUGGUAUGUAACGACAAUUAUAUUGUCGUUAUAUACAUUGUGCUCCCGUACAUGCAUUGAAAUGUGUGAAGGGUGAUUUAACAGAAACCAAAUAUGUGUCCAAUAAGAAUAGCUUUUAAAUACUGGUAUAAUUCUGGUCGAUAUCUAUACUGGGCUUCAUGUGAUUUGAGAUUGUGUUAUAUGUUAAUAGAUGCAAAAACAAGGAAAUCAAAUCAUGCACUGAAAAAUAUGUGAGUGAGUAUAUAAUUAGUAUACUAUUUCCGAGUUAUAAAAUAGCUAUUUUAUUAAAACAGCAUUAGUUGAAAGGGCCUUUCCAACCAUAGGUCAGAGUGAUUAUCACUGUGAAAGAAUUUCUCGUCCACUCGAUAUUAUGCUCUUACUCCAUAUACAUAGCAAACAAAUUGUUUUAAUUGCUUCAAAUAUUUCAAGUUAGUAAGUUAUGUAUAAUGUUAUGUAUAAUUUCUGACAUGGCUGGACUAUGCACAGUAUAUAAUGUUCAAAUAUAAACGUGAAUAAAAACAUGAAAAAAUAUA